GUAAAAAAAAAAUCUCGAAAAAAAAUAUAGUUUUUUCUGAUCAAUUUAAACUUUAAGGAAUCUCAAACGUGGCGAACAGCAGCUGCAGACACAAAGUCUCAUCAUGAUCUUUCAAAUUUUCCUCCUCGAUGUGAAAGGAAAGGUGCUAAUCUCAAGAAAUUAUCGUGGAGAAAUUGACUCGUCUCUGAUUGAUAAAUUUAUGCCAUUGUUGAUGGAAAAAGAGGAGGAAGGCCUCGUGACGCCAAUAAUCCAAACCAACGAGUGCACCUUCGCCUACAUCAAAACCAAUAAUCUCUACAUCGUGUCAACAACCAAAAAGAAUGCAAAUAUUGCUCUAGUAUUCACAAUGCUCCAUAAAAUCGUCCAAGUAUUUACCGAGUAUUUUAAGGAAUUUGAAGAGGAAUCAAUUCGUGAUAAUUUUGUCAUAAUUUAUGAGCUGCUCGAUGAGCUGAUAGACUUUGGAUAUCCACAAACCACAGACAGUAAAAUCUUACAAGAAUUCAUCACACAAGAAGGUCACAAGCUUGAAAUUCAACCGCGAAUUCCAAUGGCUGUAACUAAUGCAGUCUCAUGGCGAUCUGAAGGCAUCAAGUACCGAAAAAAUGAAGUGUUCCUUGACGUCAUUGAAAGUGUUAAUCUCCUCGCAAAUGCCAAUGGAAAUGUUCUUCGUAGUGAAAUUGUUGGUGCUAUAAAGAUGCGUGUUUAUUUAUCAGGAAUGCCUGAACUACGUCUUGGACUUAACGACAAAGUCCUCUUCGAGUCAACUGGACGUGGCAAGUCAAAGUCAAUUGAACUUGAGGAUGUUAAAUUCCAUCAAUGUGUGCGACUGUCGAGGUUCGAAAAUGACCGAACAAUAAGCUUCAUUCCACCCGAUGGAGAGUUUGAGCUCAUGACAUACCGCAAUAGUGCUCACAUGAAACCACUAAUCUGGAUAGAGUCUGUCAUUGAAAGACAUGCACAUAGUCGUGUAGAGUACAUGAUUAAGGCCAAAUCACAAUUCAAAAGACGAUCGACAGCAAACAAUGUUGAAAUAAUCAUUCCAGUUCCAAAUGAUGCAGACAGUCCAAAGUUUAAGACGACAAUUGGUAGUGUCAAGUACACGCCAGAACAGAAUGCAAUCACAUGGACAAUUAAGUCAUUUCCAGGUGGUAAAGAGUUCCUGAUGCGAGCACAUUUUGGAUUGCCGUCGGUUGAGUGUGAGGAUAGUGAAGGCAAGCCACCGAUUCAAGUGAAAUUUGAAAUUCCAUAUUUUACGACAUCGGGGAUACAAGUGAGGUAUUUGAAAAUUAUUGAGAAAAGUGGGUAUCAGGCAUUGCCGUGGGUUAGGUACAUCACACAGAAUGGGGAUUAUCAGUUGAGGACGAAUUAAGAUUGAUGAAGAUUGAGGUUAAUUUAUUGAAAGGUAUUUAGGUUACGAUGAUAAAUUUUGAGGCAAGAGUCAAAAAUUUUGAAGUUAUGAUUAAAAAUUUUGAGGUUAUGAUUCAAAGUUUUGAGGUUAGUUUCAAACAUUUUGAAGUUUUAAUCCCAAGUUUUGAGGUUAAGAAUCAACAUUUUAAGGUUUUAAUCCAAAGUUUUGAGGUUAGGUUCAAACAUUUUGAGGUUAUGAUUCGAAGUUUUCAGGUUAUGAUUCAAAGAUUUGAGGUUAGAUUCAAAAUUUUGAGGUUAUGAAUCAUUGUUUUGAGGUUAUGAUUCAAAGUUUUGAGGUUAGUUUCAAACAUUUUGAAGUUUUAAUCCCAAGUUUUGAGGUUAGGAAUCAACAUUUUAGGUUUUAAUCCAAAGUUUUGAGGUUAGGUUCAAACAUUUUGAGGU